ACUCGUCACAGACCGCGCCUCCUCAUCUUUUCUUCGGGUACUCGCCCAGCACCCCGCGGCGGAGGGCCAAGUUGAAGGAGCCGAGUCGCGAUGGAUUUGCUUCCCCCUCAAAUGUCGGCCAAAGAUGAAGGAUCUUUUGCAUAUUUUACAAUGAAAAACCGAGCACCACAGAUCCUAACAAAUGUCAUCAAUGCAUUGCAGCAACAUAAAAAUGAUUUCUUUCAGAAGCUUGGAGAGGUAGGCACUGGAGCAGAAAAGAAAUUUAUCUCUCUUCUUUCUAAGUUACUAAAUGAACUACAAACUGAUGAACCAUUACUACCUUUGACUGAUAACUGCAUUGAUACUGAUAUAUGGAACCAAUACCUGAAAUAUCACCAUAGUCUUUUAAAUGAAAACAAUAAAAAAAUAAGCUGGUUUCAGUCUCCUUGGUUGUAUGUAGAAUGUUACAUGUAUCGUAGAAUUCAUGAAGCGUUAAUGCUAAGUUCACCAUCCAGUGACUUGGAUGUGUUUAAAGAACCAAAAGAACAGAAUUUCUUGGAAUCACAGGAAGCUAUUAGGAGUUUAUGUAGUUACCUAGAAGGGUUAAAUAAGAUUGAAAACCUAGACGAAAAUCAACUGAAGGAUGAGUUUUUUAAACUCUUGCAGAUUUCGUUAUGGGGAAAUAAGUGUGAUCUGUCACUUUCAGGUGGUCAGAGCAGCUCUCAGACAUCUAGUCCACUGACUGUUUUGGAAGACCUGAAACCUUUCAUUUUAGUGAAUAAUAUGGACUACCUUUGGUCACUACUUAUAAACAGAAAGAAAAUGAGGCAGGAGACAUUUUCUGUUACUAGAGUGGAUUUUGUCCUGGAUAAUGCAGGAUUUGAACUUGUUACAGAUUUGGUAAUGGCAGACUUCCUGUUAGCAUCUAAGCUGGCUACUGAGAUCCACUUCCAUGGAAAAAGUAUUCCCUGGUAUGUUUCAGAUACUAAUAAAAAUGACAUAAAUUGGGUGAUUGAACAAUUAAAAGCUGCUAAUACCAAGUGUAUGUCUGAGUGUGGGAUUAACUGGGAACACUAUUUUAAAAAGCAUUCAUGGGUUUACCACGAUCAUAUGUUUUGGACUCUGCCUUAUGAGUAUUGUGCUAUGUCUCAGGUUGCUCCUGACUUGUAUGCUGAACUACAGAAGUCAAAUUUAAUUCUUUUCAAAGGUGAUUUGAACUAUAGGAAAUUAGUAGGAGACAGAAAAUGGGGGUUUACUGUUCCAUUUCAUCAGGCUUUGAAUGGCUUCCAUCCGGCACCUCUCUGUAGCAUUAGAACAGUAAAAGCUGAAGUUCAGGUUGGUCUGGCACCUGGGCAAGGGGAACAGGUUGCAGUUACUGAUCCUCAGUGGAUGAACAUUGGAAAAUAUGGUGUAUUUCAGUUUGAUGGGCACUUUGAUUUGGCUUAGGGGAUUUUUAAACCUUCAAAGAAAAACUCUAACAUAGCACAUUUCCUUCCCACAAAAGUAAUUUUAAAAUUUUACUACAUUGAGGGAUUGGGGUUACCUUUUGAAAGCUUACCCUUUCAGUUGUUUUUAUGUACUGAUGUUGCUGAUUAAGGUUCUUUUAGGUUUAGCUGCUUUGGGAGUCUUAAAAGACAUUUCAUUUCUUAUUAUUCAUUGAAGUUUUAUGUCUAUCCAUUAUUUCAAGUGGUUCAAAGAAGCUACUUAAGAUAAAUGUAAAAAUUGUAUUUUGCUUUUAUAGCUAAAUACACUUAGAUUUCCAUAUAAUUAUUGCCAUUUGAAAGUAUAGUAAGCUACAUGUUAUUUAAUAUUUUGGGAAAUGUUGACAUUGUUUUUAUGUUGCAUCUUAUGGUGGCAUAAAUUUUAAUUUAUCUGCCCUUAGGGUGAAUUUCUUUAAAUUGUGAUGUUUGAACCACGGGAAAGUAGAAAAUUAACUUGAGGCAAUUCCUUUUGUACUUGAAUUUCUUAAUGAUAGUAGCCUGCAUUCAUAUGCGUUCUUUGUUCUUUAUGCAUGCAUUUCAUUUUUUUUUAAUAAAGUUUGUUGAAUUACCAAAAAAAAAAUUAAACAGACUGGGAACGAUAUGUAUUAUUGAAGAAUGUGACUUCUUUUUCAUGUUUAUGAAUUAUAUCCAUGAAACUAAGAGAUAUUUUGAUGAAAUUGUCUUUGUAAAUGAACAAAUUGCUUUUCUGGAAUUUAUGUUCUACCUGCUAAUUGGUUAUAAUAGACUUUGCUCCUGAUUGAAAUAGCAUUUAUUCUCAUGCUUUGAAUUUGGAAGGAUAUCUUAGUUGUUUUAGAAAGUAUAACCACUUUACCACAUUGGUUUGAAAAAAUACAACUGAAUUUGUUUUCUGGGGCUUUGCUAAUAAAAUAAAUUACAUUAAAAUUCCA